CAGUCAGCUGAUUCGGCCCGGUUGCGCCGUCAUCGGGACUAUAAGCGCGCGACCUCUGGGCUCUCCGCUCUGACCCGGCCGCCUGGUCCCGACGCUGCCGACGCCGCCAUGCAGCCCCUCCACCUGCUGCUGCUCAUCCUCGGCCUCCUGGCCGCGCCCGCCGCCGCGCUGGUCAGAAUCCCGCUGCACAAGUUCACGUCCAUCCGCCGGACCAUGUCGGAGGUGGCGGGCCCUGUGGAACACCUGAUCGCCAAGGGCCCCCUUUCAAAGUACUACCAGGGGGAGCCCGCCUUGGUCGGGGGACCGGUCCCUGAGAUGCUCAAGAACUACAUGGACGCCCAGUACUACGGGGAGAUCGGCAUUGGGACGCCCCCACAGUGCUUCACUGUCGUCUUCGACACCGGCUCCUCCAACCUGUGGGUCCCCUCCGUCCACUGCAAACUGCUGGACUUCGCCUGCUGGAUCCACCACAAGUACAACAGCGGGAAGUCCAGCACGUACGUGAAGAACGGCACGACCUUCGACAUCCACUACGGCUCGGGCAGCCUCUCGGGGUACCUGAGCCAGGACACGGUGUCGGUGCCCUGUGACUCGGCCGCGUCGGGCGCGGGCGUCAAGGUGGAGAAGCAGAUCUUCGGGGAGGCCACCAAGCAGCCGGGCAUCACCUUCAUCGCGGCCAAGUUCGACGGCAUCCUGGGCAUGGCCUACCCCCGCAUCUCGGUCAACAACGUGCUGCCCGUCUUUGACAACCUCAUGCAGCAGAAGCUGGUGGACAAGAACGUCUUCUCUUUCUACCUGAACAGGGACCCCAACGCGCAGCCCGGGGGCGAGCUGAUGCUGGGCGGCAUCGACUCCAAGUACUACAAGGGCUCCAUCACCUACCUCAACGUCACCCGCAAGGCCUACUGGCAGGUCCACAUGGACCAAGUGGCCGUGGGCAGCGGCCUGACCCUGUGCAAGGAGGGCUGCGAGGCCAUCGUGGACACGGGCACCUCCCUGCUGGUGGGCCCCGUGGAGGAGGUGCGGGAGCUGCAGAAGGCCAUCGGGGCCGUGCCCCUCAUCCAGGGAGAGUACAUGAUCCCCUGCGAGAAGGUGUCCAGCCUGCCCGAGGUCACCCUGAAGCUGGGAGGCAAAGACUACAAGCUCAGCGCGGAGGACUACACGCUCAAGGUGUCCCAGGGCGGCAAGAGCAUCUGCCUCAGCGGCUUCAUGGGCAUGGACAUCCCGCCGCCCGCGGGCCCGCUCUGGAUCCUGGGGGACGUCUUCAUCGGCCGCUACUACACCGUGUUCGACCGCGAGGACAACCGCGUGGGCCUGGCCGAGGCCACCAGGCUGUAGCCGCCCGCCCGCCCGCCGGCGGGAAAGGAGAGUCCAUCUGUGGGAGGCGGCGGCUGGCUGCCCUCCUGGUGUCCACCCCCCUGCACACACUUGCACACUCACUCACAGUCGCCUGCUCACGGCCCAGCUCUCCAGGCCGCUGGCCUGAUAGCCUCUGCUGUUCUGGAAUUUCUCCUGCCCUGGUUUCGGAACGCCGCCCGUCUGCCUGCCUGCCUUCCUGACGGGGUGCUGGGGCCCCCCGGGGGGCUCACUGGGUCCCCCUCACACUGGGAGGACCCAGCUCAGCUUGGAGGCCAUGGGCUGUGCGCCCGAGGACACCCCCACCGGUGUCCUGCCAGGGCCAGGCCUCCGGGCUGAGCGCCCCCACUCGGCACCGGGCUGCCUCCCCGGGUCCCCCUCUGCCCAGCCUGGGGCCUGGAGCUGGGCGCUGCUGGCCGGCUCUCCUGUCCGUUUGGGUUGUCUCCGGCCCGGCCAGCCAGGGCCAGCUGAGGCCUGGGGACCAGCAGGGAGGAGCCGGAGGCGGUGGGAGGGGACAGAAGCUGGCCCAGUGAUGCCUGCGGUCACCCUGGUCCUUGUCCCCACUAGGGAGGGCGUUGUCUGGCCCGAGGUGGGGCGGGAGGCGGGUGCUCCCAGACCCUUUCUGAGGCUGUCCCCUCUGGAGCGGCCGGGGGCCGAAGUUGAUGUGAAAAAUAAAGUUGCUGGGGCCGCC